CGGAGUACGCUGUACUUGCAUCGUAUGUAUGUAUUCAUAAUAAUUUAAAUUUAAAUAAUUUACUUGCUUUGUAUGUAGUGCGCUUCAAAUCAGUCGUCAGCAUUGUAAUAAGUUCUUGCAGUAAUUUUUGAGAAAUUUUUAAGUCACUGUUCAUGCAGUUUUAAUGUUGUCGCUGCACAAUCCGCUCUUAUCUCCGUUGACGGGCAUUGUGGGAUUCGGCGGACAACGACUGGAUUAUGCGGUUAUCUCCUGCACAUCCCAGAGUGAUUUGUUUCCGGCUAGCAAUUUAGCCUGCGGUAGUGGUACUCCCGGAUGGGUAUCCCAAGAGUUAUGUACGUAUCCCCAAGCGCUGGUUCUGGAUCUGUCGUGGCCGUGUAUGGUCACUGCCGUCCACGUUAUCGCCCAUCGAUUCUUCAUUCCCACAAUUGUGGAUCUGCAUGCGCUCAACGGAAUAAGCACGGAGCAGCGUUUUCCGUUUAACACCACGGGAAGCCAGUGCGUUCCGAUUGCACAGUUCCACUUUGAGCCGGUGGACAGCGGGCAGCCGGCAUGGCGCCACCAGCAGAUGACCUUUCAGCCGGCGCUGCCGGUGGGACGCUGGCUGAAGGUCACGUGCCGCUACUACCACCCUAGUCCCAACAAUCUUUAUAGUCAGGUGGGGUUGACGUGCGUUGAAAUUUGUGGCCAAAAGAUCGCCUCCUUGGGACCACAAAACAUGACGCAUCCCGGCGCCCUGGUGCCGCUGACCAUGCGUUCGGGUUGGCGGAACGAUGUUGCCACUGCCGAUGACUAUGCGAAAACCAGUAAUAUUUUCAUGGCGGAAAAAUCCAGGACGGCAGCAUUCAAGCCCGGGAAAGACGCCACCACCGUGCAGCAGUUGCUGGUCAGUUUGGAGAAUUACAAGCAAGCAGCUGUCGACGGUACUCGGAGGAUUUUCGCCGUGCCGGAUCUGUCAAGGCAGUUACGGAUGAGAUCGCUAAAAUGUCACAAGAAGCAGACGCUCUCGAGCAGCAAAAAAGACAGCGCUAUCGAGGAAGAGAAUUUCCGGUUGGCGGACAACUUGAAAUAUGACAUCCUCAAGCUGACAGUGAAAGCCAUGAAUUUAUUAAAAGAGCAUAAUUACGGCAACUUACUCGAGAAAGGACAACUACGCCGCCUGGAAGAGAUGUUAAAAAAGCGGACAAUGCCGGAGGACGGCGGUGUCCAGCGUACACCGGCCGAACGCGACAUCCACACCGUGCAGUUUCGUGAUCACGCGGUGCCGCCGGAGUUCACACCGGCCACGCCCACCAGCAGCGCCCGCCGCAGCACCUUAAUGAGACCGCGGGAAGGCAGUCGGCUGUCGACCACUCGCGAUGGGAUGUUCAUUCAGACCGCCAAAAAAGCGCAGGUGACGCGUGCGCCGAAGUUGAAAAUUUCCGAAUAUGCCGGCGAUAUUCAGAGUGCUCUGACGGCGUUUGGAGAAGACAUUGUUAAUAAAGCUCCCUCAGGCUCUUUCCGGGACCGUGUACAGGUGGUGGAGGCGGUCAAUAGCGCACUGGAUCGUCUGACAGCGGCACCGGAUAUCACCGACCCGCCACCACUGACCUUUCUGCAAGGCAGCAUCGUUUUACUGGACAUUAUGAUCAAGGAAGACCCGGCCAUCGUCCAGCUCAUUGUGCAGACGGUCUUGAAGAUGUUCCGCUCAGUUUUUCCUCUUUUCCCGCAAGCUAAAGAAGAAUUCCUGACGGUGUUGCAGAUGGCGCUGGGUUUCUCCUUUGCCAGGCUGGCCAGCACCAAUCGCCGCAUUCCGCAGAUUCUCAUGCCCUUCGUCGUCCAGAUGGCCAUGAUGGAGAAUAUUAAGGCGCAGAAUAUGGUGGUGAAAGCGUGCUGUGACGCUUUGAAACCUACAUCACAAGCACGGUAUGCGUUGAACCGACUGCGAAUUAUCCAAGAUCUGGCUGCUUUUCUUUUGGACACACCCGAAAGUUGUCUGACGACGGACCUGUUGGUCCGCUUCGCCAUGUCGGCCAUGGGGCAUCACGAGCGCGAAGUGCGCCGCAGCGGGGAGCGUCUGAUCAUCCAUUUGUACGGGCGACCACCACCCUCCAGUUUCCUGUCGUUUGGUGGUGCCUCGCAACGCACGGCGGCGUACCGCGAUCACAUCCGCUCACUCCUACCGCCCCCGCCCACGGAUGCCGAUAAGGCCAAACGGAAUUUCAAAUACCGACGCCUGUACCACGUGCUGGCGGAGAUGGAUGCCGGGGACAUGCGCAACGCGGUGGAUCUCGACCCGCCGUUGAGCAUGCCCUUUGAAACUGUGGAUCUGCCUUCCGAGCGCAACGCCGACGACCGAAUUCCUAACAUUCCCAGUAAUGCAUCCGCCAAACCAUCGAAAUCGUUGAAAACCAUGGCGUUGAGGAAAUUACCGGCGUCCCAGCGCCAUCUCAGUCCCAUCUCCGAUACCUCGGAUCCCUCGAAACAUCAUCCCGAUACUUCCGGUGAACAAUCUCUCCUGGUCCGCCGGAAAUCUUCCAGCACCCUGCUGUCGACGCGUUCCGUCUCAGAGCAGUCGCGACCACAUGCAACCAAAUCGGCCGCGACGUCCAACAUCGUUUUUCCAGCGGUGACGCCGGAAAAUGUUGUUGAGAAGGUGGAUUAUACCGAGGCGGAAGCGGACGAGGCGGCAGUUCCUUCGGAUCAGGACAAAACUGUCCCGGAGAAGGUGGUGCCGCUGGUGAAGAAGGGGAAAUAUUGGAAGCAUCUGCAGGUGAUUGCCGCCGCGUUGGAGAGCGAGGGAUGCCGGUUGGUGGAGAAGAAGGCAGCGGUGAAGGAAUUGCAGAAGCACAGCAGCAUCGUUUCGGUGUGCCCGUACUGCGGAAAGCCAGACCUCGUCAAGGAGUUAAAUUGGCAUUUGUACCAGGAAUGUCCGCUGCUGAAAAUGUGCAGUUACUGCGACAACAAAAUCCUGGUGUGGGAGUUGAACGGACACUGGUUGGGGAAAUGCACCAAACGACCUUCCAUGGCGCCGUGUUCGCGAUGCGGACUGGCCAUCCCACUGAAACAGCUGAAGGACCAUAUGAGCAAUGCCGAUUGUCUGGAUGUCAGCUUGGACGAGGGAGCGGCCACGUGCCCUUUAUGUCGGCAGUGCGUGCAGAAUACGGACGACGGAUGGAUCGCGCAUCUGCUGGGCGAUAAUCAGCACGGUUGCCGGAAGAAUAAACGCCGUAUCAAAGCGCUGAAAUGGAGUGAUACGGCGUGAACUCGGACGCUUAUUUUGUUUCCCGAUUCACGGAUGGUGUACUGUAUUCUACGACUCGCUUCUACGGUUGUAUUACUUACCAUUAUCUUGUUAUUUCUUUAUUUUAUUAAUAUGUCUUAUACGUAUUACCUAUCAGUAUUCGUCUCUGUGUUACUACGAUUAUUAUUAUCAUUGUACAAAAUUUAAAAAAAUGUUAUUACGUAGAGUAGACGUCUUUCGUAGAAUAACGCGGA